CUGGAGACGAAGCGUGAAGAAGAAUGACAGCAAGAAGUGAGUAGAAGCAGGAAAAAGGGAAGGACAUCAGAGCGGAUCUGAGUCCUGUCGAUGUCAGUCAGAUUCAGAAAGGUCUGCAGUGGUGAUCCUGAAGGGGUGUAGUGGAGGAACAAGACAGCAUGGACUCCCCGAGCCGAUUGUCGGUCAUAAACAGCCCAGAACUGGACCCCGUCAUCACAGACUUUAAGUUACAGCUGCCAGACAACAGCGAUGCUCCGUGGUCAACAAAUCCAUCAAACGGGUGCUCACGGUCCGACCUGUCUAUGGCGCUGGAGGACUGCAUGGCUGCCUUGGAUCUGUUCCUGAGAAAUGACUUUGAAGAGGCGCAGGAUCGCCUCAAAUGCAAGGCCAAAGACAGCAUGUACCACGCUCUGACCUACGCCACCAUUUUAGAGAUGAAGGCCAUGAUGACAUUUGACCCUGAGCACAUUUUGGUUGCAGGAAACACCAUGAAGGAGGCGCAGGCUCUGUGUCAGCGACAAAGGAAGAAGGCUACCUUCUCAAAAAGCUUCACUGAAGAGGAACUCCAUGCUGAGGUGUGCUAUGCAGAGUGUCUCCUGCAGAGGGCAGCACUCACCUUCCUUCAGGAUGAAAACAUGAUCAGUUUCAUCAAAGGAGGCAUCAAAGUGAGAAACAGCUACCAGACAUACAAAGAGCUUCACAACAUCCUCCAGUCUUCUGGAUACACUCAUGGUAACAACCAUGGCCACUUUGAGGGUGGCGUUAAACUGGGAGUAGGCGCUUUUAAUUUAAUGAUUUCCAUGCUGCCCACGCGAACGCUCAAACUGCUGGAGUUUGUUGGCUUCUCUGGUAACAAGGAGUUUGGUCUUCAGCAGCUUCAGGAAGGCUCUGCAGAAAGCACCUUCAGGUCAUUCCUGUGUAACAUGCUGCUGCUCUGUUAUCACACAUUCAUGAGCUUCAUAUUAGGAACUGGAGAAGGAGAUGUUGAGGAUGCAGAGAAACUUCUGCAGCCGUAUCUUAAAAAAUACCCCAAGGGAUCCAUCUUUUUGUUCUUCGCUGGUCGAAUAGAGGAGAUCAAAGGCAACCUGGAUGCUGCUAUCAAGCUUUUUGAGGAGUGCUGCGAGGCCCAGCAGCAGUGGAGCCAGUUCCACCACAUGUGUUACUGGGAGCUGAUGUGGUGCUUCACAUACAAGACGCACUGGAAGAUGGCCUACUUCUACGCUGACAUGCUGAGCAAGGAGAACUCGUGGUCCAAGGCUACCUACGCGUACAUGAAAGCAGCCUAUCUCAGCAUGCUGACUGAGGACGACUGUCUCACGUUUGGGGAGACGGCACUGACCCAGUUCAGGCAGGUCCCUGGACUGAAGCAGAAAAUAGCAGGGAAGUCUUUACCAACAGAGAAGUUUGCUAUCAGAAAAGCUCGACGCUACUUUGCAGAAAAACCCAUUCCUCUUCCUGCUGCUCCUCUGGAAAUGAUGUACAUCUGGAACGGCUACACGGUCAUCGGAAAACAUAAAGAGCUGACCGAGGGCAUACUGAAAACCCUGGAGGAAGCACAGGCUAAACUUGAAAACCUUCCAAGGACGGAGUUCACCACAGAUGAUCAGUGUCUGCUCUGCCUCCUGAAGGGACUCUGUCUCAAACAGCUGGGACACAAAGAAGAGGCUGAGCACUACUUUACCCUCGUUCUGUGCAACGAGACUCUGAUCAAGUACGACCACUACCUGGUUCCUAACGCUCUGCUGGAACAUGGGCUUCUGUGUCUGGAGCAAGGCAGAAAAGAUGAAGCUAUUAAACUACUAGAAGCAGCAAAACACAACUAUAAAAACUACUCCAUGGAAUCACGGACGCACUUCCGUAUUCAGGCUGCUUUGCACAAGGCCAAGGGAACCGGGGAGAAUGGCAUCCUCGUGCCCUCUAGCCCAUAACAGAAGUCACACCAGUAAAGUGACAGCUUCCUGUCUCUGCUUACCCACAAUGCAACAUGCCAGACCAGCUCUACUCUUUAGAACUAAGAACUUUUUUAAAUUCUAGAUGAAGAUGGAGUGUUUUUUCCUCAGUUCUGCCCUUGUAAUGGACCUCUGCAGCUUUGUGUGCCUUUGCUGGCCUUGUUCACUUUGCCACGCCCUCUUCCAGAGACACAUUACAGUUAGUCACUUUCUCACACAUAUUUUUUUUAACAAAUUGAGUGGAGAAAUGUGUGUUCAUGUGUUUAUGAAACACUGCUUCCAGCAUGCCUUUUGUCUCUUUCACACUGGUUGCAUUUGAGCAGAAACAAGGUUAAAUUUUUGUGACAUAUUCAGUGCUUUGUCCCAAGUGAUAUGCUCAGUGCUGGGUACUAGACCUGAACCUGGUGGAGUUAAAUAAAGCCUCAGAUACAUGACACACGAACAGCAGCACUAUUUAAGUACCGGGUAUAAACCUGUUCCACUGUAAUGUUAAUGUAGGUUUUGGAAAUGUCUCACUUUCCAAAACCAGCUUGUUCUGUUUUAAUUCAGAAUGUGGGAUCAUGUGUUUACACUACAUGAUUGUUGUGUUUGUCAGAAUCGAGGGAGCAUCUUACUGAAUAUAACCCUGUAUUCACAGCUUAUGUUUUGGUUUUUGCACCGAGCUUUGUGUAUCGCCCAUGAAACUGUCAACUCUUGGAUGUCAAACGACCUGGGAGAGUUGGUCUUUACAUUUAUUUACUGUAAAUGGCAUCUUUUACAUGAAUUGUCCUGUUUUGAGAGGACAGAUGAAUGUGUCUUUUAGAAAAGGCAGACUCCCUCCUUUUCUCCUCCUGGUGUGUGGGACGGGCUCCAGCAAUACUUGAGCUUGAACAAACAGGCCAUUCACAGCAAGCGGCGUAGGACUGCGAGCUUGACUGCCGGCUGUAUCUUUAGUGGGUGAAGAAACUCUUAACCCCCAGCAGCCAUCAAGUUUUCACAGCUUGUGUAGACUUCAGUCGACUUCUUUUGCUGUUUCUCUACCUGCUAUCCUGUUGCUAGAGCUACCAACAGAAGGACUUGAAUGUAAAACCACAUCCUGUGUCAAAUAGUUAUCUGCAGAUGAACAAAUACAGCUUUCCUCAUAAACGAUUGGCGAGUGGGUGAUUGAAAAGGCUGAGCACCUGAAACCUGACAGUUCAGAGAACUCACAUGGUGCCUCAAGAGUUGGGAUACAAGUCCUGCUGAUUUAUUUAUAACUGAGAGAGGUCUGGGGUACAGUUUAAUUGUCUGAAGUCAGUGUCUAAUAUUUAUUGGUGGAGGAAAUGUAUUAUUAGAAUUGUUGCAACUGCAGCGACUCUAGAAUGUGUUGAUUCUGCAAACUAAUCAUAAUUUUCCCCAUCCUUUUAGCUUUUACACUUGUAUAAAUGGAAGAAAUUAAGCAUUCAAAAUUUUGUGUUUACACGUUCUGUAUUGUGUAUUGGGCAUGGUUACCCACCAAGCAGGAUGACUUCCAUUUACAUUUUAGUUGUGAUUUAUAAUGAAAUAUAUACUUUUGUGUUGUA